AAUGGGAGGCGACCCUGUUAUGUAGGGAGAGGAGAGAAUCCUUUGCUGCCUCUGAGCCAGAGAGAUCUGGGCCCCACCCUCUGGGGCUCCCAGUCUGGUCAGAGGGUAUGGAGCUGGCUCCGGGACACGUUGAGACCAGAGGCGGGACUGGAGGGCUGCGUGGCCCUGCCCUGGAGAGCCCAGUGCUGUCUGGACAGUAAGGGACAGUUUCUGUGCAGAAAGCUGGCUCAGGCCUGGAAAGUGGACUCCGGGGAGUGGGUGGGGCAGGAGGAGUUCCGAUAUGCGUUAGGGCUGUUUGUCUUCCUGGUUCUGAUCCCUGGCACUUGGGAGGAAAGGCCUGCCCAGAACAAUGGCCGGAGCCAGGCUCUUCCAGAUGUCGCCACCUGUCCUGGGAGCCUGGACUGUGCCCUGAAGAGGCGGGCACGGUGCCCCCCGGGUGCGCACGUCUGUGGGCCCUGCCUUCAGCCCUUCCGGGAGGAUCCUCAGGGGCUCUGUGUGCCCAGGACACAGCGCCAGCCUCCGGGGGAGGGCUUGCCCCAGCCCAGACUGGAAGAUGAGAUUGACUUCCUGGCCCAGGAGCUAGCCCAGAAGGAGGCAGGGCACUCCAGGCUCAUGGCCCCACCCCUCGGGCGACAGCAGCUCCUGGAGGCUGCUGCCACCCUGGGACUCUCAGAGCAUGGCCGGGGCCCCGACCUGGGCCUCCCCUCCACUCCGGGAGCCUCGUCGCCUACACCCCACACCUCCCUGGGCUCCACGGUGUCAUCUGGGCCUGUGCACAUGUCCCCACUGGCGCCACGACACGGUGAUGGCCUCGCCCUCGCGCUGAUCUUGGCGUUCUCCAUGGCGGGCGUGGCCGCGCUGGCCAUGGCGGCUCUCUGCUGGUGUAGGCUGCAGAGGGACAUCCGCCUGACUCAGAAGGCAGACUACACGGCCCCACAGGCACCGGGCUCCCCCGCAACGCCCAGAAUCUCGCAGCCCGGGGACCAGCGGCUGGCGCACAGCGCGGAGAUGUACCACUAUCAGCACCAGAGGCAGCAGAUGCGGUGCCUGGAGCGGCAUAAAGAGCCGCCCAAGGAGCUGGAGUCUGUCUCCUCCGACGAGGAGAACGAAGACGGCGACUUCACUGUAUACGAGUGCCCAGGCCUGGCCCCGACGGGAGAGAUGGAGGUUCGGAACCCACUGUUCGACCAUGCCUCGCUGUCUGCACCCCCGCUGCAGUGACCCAAAGGCGGAUACCCUCUCACGGACAUGCUGCCCACUGGUGGGGAGGGGCAGGGCCUGGCGUUUCCCAUUAAAGAGACCCUCUUCUGACA